GAGGACAACAAUGUGAAGCGGACACACUUCCUAACGACCCGGAAAUGCACGGGGGAAUAAAAACAGCUGCACAACCUAUUUAUCUGGGGUGGACAUGUUUUGUCGCCACUUAUUUUUAGCUGUAGUUAGCAAAGUAUUUCUAAAUUGAUUUACAGAAUCUCCAGUACAGUUUUAAAGGAAUACGAUUAAUUGAUUGCCCUAGCAUACAUUUUCGAUUAUGGAGCGCAGUAGAUCGCGCGACAGUUCCGCGGAUAAGACCAAGAGCACGAGCAGACAAGUCGGAGAGAAAAAAUUAUCCAAGAAGAAAAAGCGAAGACAUUCCUCUUCUUCGUCUUCCUCAUCGUCCAGCAGCAGUGCGAGUCCGACCCCUUCAAAGAAAGCCUCACGUCCCCUCAGCAAGAGCCAAGAUCGGAAAGGGAAGAAGAAAAUGAAAAAAAGAAGUUCCUCAUCUUCCUCGUCAAGCUCUUCUUCCUCCUCCUCAUCCUCCUCAUCAAGUGACGAAAAGUCCAAGAGGAAGGAAAGGAAAAGGAAAAAAUUCAAGAAGAAGUUAAAGAAGAAGAAAAGAAAGUUGAAGAAAGAGAUGAAAUUGGAGAAGAAGAAAAAGAAGAAGAUAAAGAAAUUGGAAGAAAGAAGAGCAUCCCUGCUUGUAGAUUUGAUGCCCCCUCCAGCCCCCCCUCAGCCUGUAGGCACCACCCCCCAGCCCUUCCUGGAGUUGUGGCAGAGUGAUGAUUGCACAGAAGAUCAUGGACCAGCAAUGACGGAUGAGCAGAAAGCCAGGCUAUCCACCAAGAGACCCUUAACAAAGGAGGAGUAUGAAGCCAAGCAGAGUGUCAUCCGCAGGGUGGUAGACCUUGAGACUGGACGCACCAGGCUGAUAAGGGGAGAGGGAGAGAUCAUUGAGGAGAUUGUCAGUAAAGAGAGACACAAAGACAUCAACAAGCAAGCCACAAAGGGAGAUGGAAACUCCUUUCAGAAGAAACUAGGACUGAACAGGUAGAGGGUCUCCCCCUGAUGUAAUUCUGUAUUCCUAUUCUGUAUAGAUAGGACAGAAGAAUAGGUCUCCAGUUAGUUGUGCUGUGCAUCAUUUUUACAUGAGGAUCCCUACAUGUCUCCAAAAUGAAAAUCAACCCUUUCUGUGCCUAUCUAUGAUUGUACUGUACUGUGAGUGUGACUCAAUCAUAUACAUCAUGUUUGGUCACAUUUUUUGUUUAAUUGUUCAAAUUAAAUGUAAUCAAAUUAAAUUUGUAUUUUAGUUGACCGGCAUCCUUUCAUCACAAUUCACUGGAAUUUCUCUAAAUGUAUCAGAAAUUCAGAAUGGCCAUGAUGGCCAACUGUCAGUUUAAUUAAUAUUCAAUUCAAUUAAACAUGCAUUCAAACUGACCCCCAAAACAGUCAACUGUGUAAUGCUAUUUACUUUUUUACAAUGGAAUAAAGUAUUUUUCUUAGAUAAUUA